AUGCUAUCCAAUAAUUGUCUUUCUCUAAAAACAUUAAAUUCUCUAAUUUCACAGCCAACUGCCUCCUUUCCUGCCUCCGACAAACAGCCCGAUGCCUACUCGCUUGAGGAUAUCCUGCACCAGCAUGAUAUUUCUAUGUCGACUGGGCGUGUAACUUCUCAAGUUCCGUGCUCGCAAUCAAUGUUUUCUCGUCUAGCCUCACCGCAAUCGACAUCUGAUCAAGAGCAUAAGACAUGUCCCCACCUGCUUCAUUGUAAUUCGGCUGAGAAGUUGGCUGAUGACAAUAGUAUUGCUGCAUUAGACAUCUUCCCAGUAAACCAAACAGCUGAUGUCGCCUCGGAGAACACAGCUCCAGCAGCACCUAACAUGCAUUUUUCACAAUCCACCGCCUUCGUGACCCCUUCAUUCUUUUCCUCCCCUAUUCCAUCCAAUCUCAUUAAUACGAUUCCGGCUCUUGAAUCCCAUCUAUCUGAUUUAGCUAUUCGAAAAGCCGUUAAAACCCAAAUGGAGGAUGCGGUCAGCAACGAAACAGUCACCAACGCAACAAGAACUUAUCCUUUUGGUUCUUCUGUCGAUUUUGGUAGCACUAGUCAUGUCAAUAGUAAACUUAUAAGUCCAACUGGUGAGGGUCCUGGCUACCGGAUGCACAAAGCCUUUCGGAGAAGACCAUCCUCUCCUGGUUUGAUAUUAUCCGGACCUGUAGGCGAGGAUAGCCGGUUAACACACAGUGGAGGAUCAAAACCUCGGUUGCGUCGACUUCCACGACGGACUUUCAGUGACAGUACACAUUCAGACAAUUUCCCUACUCCACUAUUCAGCGAGCAUCCCUGCCCAGUUCAGCCUCUACAUCAUCAGCAACAUUCUUCACAAAAAUAUCGAAUCCGUAGACAUCCUGCUCUUUCUGUCAGUCCCAACUGCUUGGCUAAUACUCUAAGCCCUCAUCUUUCAUCUUCAGCAUCACCUUCGUCACCCUUGUUGCCUCACUGCGACAGGCAAUCCAACAGCAGUCUAUCAUUGAUUUCCCGUCAGCCUUGCACCUUAUCUGUAACGCCCCUUUCUCCUGUAAAAGAUUUGCAUUCACCUGAAAAACGAUCCUCGAAAUGUGUCAUUUCUUCCUUUAAAGAAACGACCCCGUAUCCACUGAAAGAAGUGCAGAAAACGGCUAUUUCGAUGAGUGAUGCUAAUGAUUCUAGCUCCUCUAAUAUCACUGUUUGUUCGCAAUCGAAGACAGUUCAUUGCUCUUCAUCUAUCUCUCCCUCCGUUUCAUCAUUUCCAUUCCAAACUGUCGUCGCUUCAAUCCGUCCUGCGACCUCACGCCCCUCUCCUUGUUUCACUCGGGCCCAGUCGGCUGGCUUGCUUCCGUUCGGCAAGGCACAGCUUGCUGGACUAGAGUCGGACGAUGAUGUCGAUUGUGAACCAUCUUCUCUCUCAUUCCGCUCUUCGGUUGACACGAACUCUGUCGUAGCCGCUAUCCCCGACGGUGAACUAGCUGCCACAUCACUCCGUUUUCAUAAAAAUCCGACGUCCCGAGCUAUCUCAAUUGGGGGCCAG